AUUAUUUUAAACCAAACUAUGAAAAACAAACUCAUGAGUGCCAAAAAAAUUUUUAAAGUGAAUUCAAAUGAAAUAAAUGGAAAAUGUUGCUACAGAGAUGCAAUUUAAGAAAAAAAAAUACGAAAAUUUGCUAAACUGUUAUAAACUAUAAUUCAGUGUGUUAAAGCGUGUCGUCUUUGGUAUGCAGUUAAACUAAUUUUCCUGGUCUUUCUUGGAGCACAAGUUCUUCCGACCUCAUCCGCCCCAUAAUUACAGAGGUAGAAAAUCGUGAUGGAGCAUUAUCCACAGUUUCCAACUAUAUGCCAUCUAAUUGUUUUUACAACCGCUCACCAUUGGCAUAUGGUUUAUGGGCAUUGCCUGAACUCAUGAAACAAAUUGGCAGUGAUGAUUUCGAACUACAAUACAAAGCAUUAAGUUCUUUGGCGGAAUAUGUGGUGAAUCCUUUGCAUGCACAACGAGCUAUUCGUCAAUUUCAAGUCGUUAGAAGGUGCCAAAAUAUAUUCUUUCGCAUUCGUAUGAAAUAUGAAAAGUCCAAGUUUCAAACUGCUGAACGAAUAUUAGAAAUAUUCUAUAAUGUGGCCAAACAUAUGAGUGGUGUUGAGGCCAUAGUUCACAGUAAUCGCCUAAUGGACCAGUUCUAUGCUAUUGUACGCGAUCGUGAAGAAAAUAUGUUGAAAAUAUCUAAAAUAUUAUCUCUAUUGACGGAACGAAUUUCCGCGGCAAUCUAUUUAUUGGAUAACUACAAUGUAAUGCAAAAAUUUGCUGAUAUUUGGCGACAAGACAUUUGCGCGCCCUACUAUCCGAUAGAUCUAUGGUUGCAUUUUCAACACAUUUUGCAGCAGGCUCCAGACAAAGCCAUAGAGUUGGGACUCUUUGAAAUUCUACAUACCCGCAUAAGGGGUCGUGUUUUUAAAUUUCAUCGUUGCGAUUUGAAAUGCUUCGCUUUGCUGCUAAGAUGUGAAGAGGGACAAAAACGUUUUCUAAAUGUGGAUGGAGUAAGGGAAAUGUACGAACUUCUGGUAGAUCCCUCAAAACAAUUGGACUCUUAUGAAAAUGUUAUCCUGACCCUAAUGAAUGGAGUGCUUGCUAAGCCAGUACUGUGGAGGUGUAGGGAAUUUACUAAUCUCCCCAUCAUAAUAACGGGACUGGCUGAAAUUUCCAAGGAGUACAAUAUGCAAUUAUAUUGUUUACAGCUUUUGCGUGAAUUGGGAGAGAUGCCAUGUAUCAAACGCUUUAUUCAAGAAAACUGUUUGAAUACUCUCAACAACAUCUCUUGUAUUGGUGCUAUGAAUGAAAAAUUACGUGAGGAACUAUUAUAUUGGCUGCAAAGAGAAAUCUAUCAUACAUCUGAGUUAAAAAAGAAAUAAGCUGAAAAUUUGAUUUAUUUUCUAAACGGAUUGUAACAAAAACAUACGAAUAUAAAACAUUUUUAAUCGAUCAUAAAAAAUCUCUC